GUUACAGUAUAAAUACAAUGUAUCAAUAAGAAAAUUGACUAGUCCAUAUUUUUGACUUUCAAUGGUCAAAAAAUGGCUAUUGUAUGGUGUUUGUUAAUAUUAGCUCAGACUUUCAACUUUGGACACAGCGUGCUGUUGAGAAAAAGUGUCGAGAGUUUGAACCACGAGGAAAUCUUGAACCUGCAGAAGGCUUUACGCAAUGUUGCUGACGACACGACAGCCAGAGGUUAUGCGAGUAUAGCUUCAUACCACGGCUACCCGGGCCAGUGCAAACAUAACGAUCGCCCUGUGGCAUGCUGUAUCCAUGGAAUGUCUGUGUUUCCGCAGUGGCACCGUCUCUAUGUCGUACAGUUUGAACAGGCACUCAAGGAGAAAGGUCUGGGUGUUGGAGUUCCUUUCUGGGACUGGACCAAACCUUUAGACGACCUACCUGAGCUUGUCAAAGGCCAGAUAUUUAUCGACGACCAGGGCGGGUUAGCACGCGCCAAUGCCUGGCACCAGGGCAGUAUAAACAUAGACGGCACUGUGGUACACACUGCACGCGCUGUGGACAGCCGACUUUUUCAAAAAGUAGAGCCAGGAGAGAACACUUAUCUGUUUGAACAAGUUUUAAAUGCCCUUGAAUACCACAACUACUGCCAGUUUGAGGUCCAGUUUGAGGUGGCUCACAACACCAUUCACUACCUAGUGGGAGGCCGUAACAAAUACUCCAUGUCCCACCUUGAAUACACCGCAUAUGAUCCCAUAUUUUUCCUACACCACUCUAACGUAGAUAGAAUAUACGCUGUAUAUGAAAACCUUCAGCGUCUGAGGGGCUACACUCCAGGGCCUGGCUGUAAAGGGGAGUGUGAAACGUGCGACAUCAGAGGAAUUCAAAAACCCCUGGAGCCUUUUAAUCGACGCACCAACCCGAUUCAUUUAACCAGACUGUAUUCGUCCAGCUACCAAGCUACGGAAAUGGCCCAAUAUGGUUACAUGUACGAUGAUCUAAAGCUGAACGGGUACAGUGUGGAGCAGAUUCACCAACUUCUUCAGAAUCGGCAGACCGUGGACAGAGUGUUUGCAAGUUUUAGUUUAAAAGGCAUUCAGACGUCUGCUAAUGUCAGGGUGCAGGUAUGCAUCCCUGGUGCUAAACGCCAAUCAAAUGAGAAUUGCGAAUUCGCCGGAGAUUUCUUCAUAUUAGGUGGCCCACUAGAGAUGCCAUGGGCUUUCACCUGGCCUUAUCUUUUUGAAAUCACAAAAACUGUCAACAAGCUUGGUGUGGCUCUUGACGGAAACUAUUUUGCUAAGGUUGAACUCUACAGUGUAAACGGAACUCAGCUCCCAUCUAAUCUCAUACCAACUCCUUCAGUAACAUACAGGCCGGCCAAAGGAAAAGCAGAUCCCAUAAUUGACAAUAGUGGAAAAAGCAAGUACGAGAAAGCAAUAAGAAAGGAUAUAGAUCGUCUUACUAGAGAAGAAAUAGCAUCAAUUCGAGAUGCAAUGGACAAAUUUCAGAAAGAUCAAAGUGUUGAUGGAUACCAAGCUAUUGCAGAAUUCCACGGAGACCCGGGAAAAUGCCCUUUCCCAAUUGCCAAGAAUCGAAUGGCUUGUUGUAUACAUGGAAUGCCAACCUUCCCUCAUUGGCAUAGGCUGCUUGUUGUGCAGGUCGAAGAUGCUCUUCGUAAAAGAGGCUCAGUUAUAGGAAUGCCAUACUGGGAUUGGAUUAAACCAAAUACUAAAGUUCCGGAUCUAGCAAAUGAAAUGACUUUUCAACAUCCAGUUACCUAUUCUAACGUAAAUAAUCCCUUUUACAAAGCAGAAAUAGCUUUCUUAGGAAAUAAUACUUACACACAGCGUAAUGUCCUUGAUGAUCUAACUCAAACCCCAGAGUGGGGAGAUCACACUGAGUUAUUUGAUGCUUUUCUUCUAGCACUGGAGCAAGAUAAUUUUUGUGAUUUUGAGGUGCAGUUUGAAGUGGCCCACAAUUUGAUCCAUGCUCUUGUUGGAGGAAACUCUACCUAUGGCCUUUCAUCUUUGUCCUACAGUGCUUUUGAUCCAAUUUUUUAUCUUCAUCAUAGCAAUGUUGAUAGAAUAUGGGCUAUUUGGACAGCACUUCAACAGCUUAGGGGGAAACCAUACAAGGCUCAUUGUGCUCAGUCAUAUGUGUAUCAAGCUUUGAAGCCAUUUUCAUUCUCCUCCCCUUACAACAACAACAAGAAAACAUAUUUGCAUUCUGUUCCAACCAACAUCUAUGACUAUGAGAAUGAGCUUGAAUAUAAAUAUGAUAAUCUAGAUUUUGGUGGCAUGAGCAUUCUUGAAUUAGAUAACUAUAUUAAUUUUAAUGUGAAAGGAAAGUCCAGAGUUUUUGUUGGUAUUCUUCUCUCUGGGAUAAAGAAAUCAGCUCUUGUGAAAAUUUAUAUUAAAUUGAUGAAUGGUGAGAAAUAUCAAGCAGGCAGGUUUGCUAUUCUUGGUGGGCCUUCUGAAAUGCCAUGGAAUUUUGAUAGAUUAUACAGACAUGAAAUAACCACUGCUUUAGAAGACCUUGGCAUAUUUUGGGCCCAACCUUACGAUAUUGUUUUAGAGAUGGCUGAAUUGGAUGGAACUAAAAUAGACACCAGUUAUUUGCCAAGAAUUCAAUUGAUCUACAAGCCACCUGAAGUACCAGUUAUUCCGAGAAAAAUUGAUGUUCAUGUACGUAAAAAUGUUAAUCAUUUAACUGAACAUGAGGUGUAUGAACUUCGUCAAGCUUUAUCAAAUUUACAAGAUGACAAGUCUCAUGGAGGUUUCCAGGAUUUGGGUCGCUUCCAUGGUACUCCAAAAUGGUGUCCUAGCCCUGAGGCAGAGAAAAAAGUUGCCUGCUGCCUUCAUGGUAUGCCCACUUUUCCACACUGGCACAGAUUACUUGCAGUCCAAGCUGAAAAUGCUUUACGUCGCCAUGGUUUCAAAGGGGGUCUACCUUACUGGGAUUGGACCAUGCCCUUGACAUCAUUACCAGCUCUUGUCAAUAGCUCAACUUAUGUUGAUCCAAACAAUGGUCAAGAAACAAAGAACCCCUUUUUCAGUGCUCAUAUUGAUGAUGCUAACAAAGAUACUGUAAGAUCUGUGCGAGUUGACCUCUACCAGCCUGCAUUAGUAGGAUCAUACACUGAUAUUGCUGAACAGGUGCUUUUAGCUCUGGAACAGGAGGACUUUUGCUCUUUUGAAGUUCAGUUAGAAAUAGCCCACAACUACAUCCAUGCUUUAGUAGGAGGGAAGGAACAUUAUUCCAUGGCUUCAUUAAAGUACACUGCAUUUGAUCCACUUUUCUACCUCCACCAUUCUAACACUGAUAGAAUAUGGGCUAUCUGGCAGGCACUUCAAAAAUACCGUGGCAAGCCUCACUUGACAGCUAACUGUGCUAUUGGACAAAUGCGCAAUCCUUUGUCACCCUUUAGUUUAAGUUCAGAUAUAAAUCCAGAUGCUGUUACACGAGAAAAUUCUGUUCCUUUUAAGGUAUUUGAUUACAGAAAGAAUUUAAAUUAUGAAUAUGACAAUCUGGAGUUCAAUGGGCUUUCAAUACCUCAGCUUGUUAAGCAAUUAGACGUAAUUAAAUCAAAAGAACGUAUUUUUGUCGGCUUUAUGUUACAUGGUAUAGGACAGCCUGCUCUUGUUAAAUUUUACAUCUGCAGAAAUGCAAUGGACUGUAAUCAUGGAGGAGAAUUUUACAUCUUGGGUGAUAAAAAUGAAAUGGAAUGGGCUUAUGAUCGAUUAUACAAGUAUGAAAUCACCAGGCAUUUGAAAUGGUUAAACCUACAUUAUGAUGACAAAUAUUACAUAAGAUAUGAAGUUCUUGAUCUUUCGGGUGCUGUUUACAGUACUGAUGUCUUUCAAAAUCCAGUUGUCAUUCGUGAUAUAGGAACCGGUAAAAUGUAUGGCAAAGAGUAUCAAAAUCAAGCUGCAUUAACAUCACAUGUCCGCAAAGAUCUUUUAAAACUUGAUAAAGCUGAAAUAGAAAGUUUAAGAUCAGCUUUCCUAUCAAUGCAGCAGGAUGGAGUGUAUGAAAAAAUUGCUUCUUCCCAUGGAAAACCUGGCCUUUGUGAGUACGAUGGACGUAAAGUUGGUUGUUGUGUUCAUGGUAUGCCAACUUUUCUGGCGUGGCACAGAUAUUAUGUCCAUCAGGUAGAGGAGUCUCUCUUGAGUAAAGGGUCAUCUAUAGCAGUACCAUACUGGGACUGGACUAAACCUAUAAAGGAACUACCAGAUCUAAUUAAUGAGGCUACUUUCUUCAACUCACGUCAGCAGAGAUUUGAUCGUAACCCUUUUUUUAGUGGUAGCAUUCCAGAUAGUAGUGCUAUCACAGCCAGAGAUCCACAGCCAGACCUUUUUAAUAAUGAGGACCUUUAUGAUCAAGUUCUUUUAGCUUUAGAACAGGAAAACUUUUGUGACUUUGAAAUUCAGCUUGAGAUAGUGCACAAUGCUCUUCAUAGCCGCCUGGGUGGGCGGGCUCAGUUGUCAUUGUCUUCUUUAGACUACUCUGCUUUUGACCCAGUUUUCUUUUUGCACCACUCAAACACAGACAGGAUAUGGGCUCUCUGGCAAGAACUUCAACGCUUCAGAGGUUUGCCUUACAAUGAAGCAGAUUGUGCCUUAAACCUAAUGAGGAAACCAUUAAAGCCUUUUGAUGAGCUUAAAAAUCCCUCAUUGAGCUCUCCUGCUGAUGCUUUUGAUUAUCGAAAUAAGUUGAAUUAUGUGUAUGAUGCGCUAGAGUUGAACCACAUGUCCAUACCACAACUAGAAAAUUUGUUGAAGAGAAACAAGGCACAUGGUCGUGUGUUUGCUGGAUUUUUACUACAUAACAUAGGACUUUCUGCCAUCAUAGAAAUUUACAUUUGUGUACCAUCAGGACCACAUAAACAAAAAAGCUGUAACCAUAGAGCAGGCAGUUUUUCCAUUCUUGGUGGUGAAUUAGAAAUGCCAUUUAGCUUUGAUCGUCUCUACAAACAUGACAUAACACAUACUGUCAGAGACUUGGGACUCAAACUGGACAGUGCUGCCAACUUCGAUAUCAAGAUUGAUAUAAAAGCUGUGAAUGGAAGCUUGCUCAGUGCAGAUGUCUUGCCUAAACCUACUGUUUUUUUUGAGCCAGGCACAGGUGAAAGACAGAAACCUAAUGGAGAAGUGAGACCAUAUGUUGUAAGAAAAAAUGUUGACUCUCUAAAUUCCAGGGAAGUAAUAUCUUUGUAUAAUGCAAUGAGAUCUCUGCAAGCUGACAGCUCAGCUGAUGGAUUCCAGUCAAUUGCUUCUUUUCAUGCUUUACCUCCCUUAUGUCCUAGCCCUAAUGCCAAUCAAAGAUAUGCUUGCUGCCGUCAUGGUAUGGCCACUUUCCCCAUGUGGCAUAGACUUUACACUGUUCAAAUGGAAGAUGCAUUAAGACGUCAUGGUUCUCUUGUUGGUAUUCCAUAUUGGGACUGGACAGAUAAAAUCAUAUCACUUCCUCAUUUUAUUGAUGAUGAUGUAUAUUACAAUCCAAAUACUGAAGAAAUUGUUAAAAACCCAUGGAAGAAAGCUAAUAUCAGCUUUAUAAAUUCUGUAACAAAGAGAGAUGUUUUGUAUAACUAUCUGAGGUAUAGAGAAACAUGGAGCUCAAAUACAUGGCUAUUUAAUCAAGCUGUGCUUGCUUUGGAACAAGAAGACUUUUGUGAUUUUGAGAUUCAGUUUGAGAUAACCCACAAUGCCAUGCAUUCCUGGCUGGGUGGUACCAAAGAGCAUUCUCUUGGUCACUUGCAUUUUGCUUCUUAUGAUCCAGCUUUUUACGUACACCACUCAAAUACUGAUCGAUUAUGGGCUGUGUGGCAAGCUCUACAGAAAUACAGAGGCUAUAACCCCAACAAUGUCAACUGCGCUCUAGAACAAAUGAAGGAACCACUCAAGCCCUUUAGUUUUGGUGCUCCUUACAACCUCAAUGAAAUGACUCAAGAAUACUCAAGUCCAGAAGAUACAUUUGAUUAUGAAAGCCAUUUUCAUUAUCAAUAUGAUUCACUUGAGUUUGUUGGCAUGAACAUUCAACAACUAGAUGCCUUUAUUAAAGAAAAACAGCAACAUGAUAGAAUAUUUGCUGGUUUUUCCUUGAAAGGAUUUGGUAGUUCUGCUUAUGUCAGUUUUGAUAUAUGUAAAAUUAAAGUAAAAUUUUGCUUUACUGCUGGAUACUUUACUAUCCUUGGUGGAUCUGCUGAAAUGCCAUGGCAGUUUGACAGACUUUAUAAGUAUGACAUAACAAAUCAGCUUAAAGAAAACAACAUCAGACAAGAUGAUGACUUCCGCAUUGUUGUCAAUGUAAAAAGUUUUAAUGGUACAGAACUGCCAAGCAGUCUCAUUCCUAGUCCUAGUGUCUUUGUUGUUCCAGCCAAGAGUUCUCAAACAGUGGAAAAUCUGACUCCUGACCUAAUAAGACGUGACCUGAGCUCUUUGUCAGAAAGGGACUUGCAAAGCCUUCAGGCUGCCCUGCGUGAUCUUCAACUAGACAAAAGCAAGGAUGGUUGGACUAGUUUAGCCUCAUUUCAUGGUGCUCCUAAUCUUUGCCCAGACCCAGCUAACCCGACUGUAGCUUGUUGUCAGCAUGGUAUGCCUACCUUCCCUCACUGGCAUAGACUCUUCACUAUUCAGGUAGAACAAGCAUUACAGAGACACGGCAGUGCUAUAGCAAUACCUUACUGGGAUUGGACAAGACCCAUUACUGAACUACCAAGCAUAUUUACUAAAGAAGACUAUUAUGAUGCCUGGCGAGACGAGGUUGUUGCAAAUCCAUUUGCUCGUGGAUAUGUGCCAUCAGAAAAUGUGUACACUGUAAGAGAUAUCAGGCCAGAUAUAUAUUCAACAACAUAUGAUGGAAAAAAUUCACUUCUUAUUUAUGAUGUAUUGGUAGCUCUUGAACAAACUAACUAUUGCGAUUUUGAGGUGCAGUUUGAAGUCAUGCACAAUUCAAUUCACUACCUUGUAGGAGGACCUCAAAUGUAUUCCUUAUCCUCUCUUGAGUACUCUGCAUAUGAUCCAAUCUUUUUUAUUCAUCAUUCUUUUACUGAUAAAGUGUGGGCUGUGUGGCAAGAAAUGCAGAAAAGAAGAAGACUGCCUUAUAAGGCUUACUGUGCUCUGAAUCAAAUGAAUGAACCAAUGAAACCAUUCAAUUUUGAUGGUAUAAAUUUAAACCAAUUUACCAAAGCUCAUGCUGUUCCCAAUUCUUUAUUCGAUUAUAAGAAACUUGGCUAUGGCUAUGACAAUCUUAACAUUGGUGGUUACAACAUAGAAGAGAUAGAAAAGAUGCUCACAGGUUGGAAUAAAAGACCUAGAGUUUUUGCUGGAUUUUUAUUAAAGGGCAUAAAAAAGUCAGGCACAGUAUUAAUGAAAGUUUGUAAGGGUGAAGUGUGUACAUCAGCUGGCUACUUUCAUCUGCUUGGUGGACCUACUGAGAUGCCAUGGGCAUUUGAUCGUUUGUACAAAGCUGAUUUCACUUGGGCUUUACCACAAAUUGAUCUCCAGAUUGAUGAAAUCUUUAAUGAAGGCUCUCAAUUUCGUUUGGAUAUUACUAUUCUUGAUGUGCAUGGAAAUGUGUUAAACAUUAAAGAUGUAAUGCCAGAACCUAGUAUAAUAUAUCAACCUCCUGAAGGAAUGGUUAGAGAUCUAGAGUCGUCAUCAAUGGCUGGUGCUGGCAUCCGUAAAGAUGUGUCAACUCUUACAGCUUCAGAAACUGAUAAUCUACGCAAAGCUAUGCAAAAAGUUCAAGAAGAUGGAGGUCCCAAUGGAUUUCAGAGCCUUGCCGGUUUACAUGGAAGUCCAGGAAAAUGUGAACACAAUGGUCAUAGAGUGGCUUGCUGCCUCCAUGGUAUGGCCAACUUCCCUCAAUGGCACAGACUCUACGUUAAGCAAUGGGAAGAUGCUCUAACUGCUCAGGGAGCAAAGAUUGGUAUUCCAUACUGGGACUGGACCACUGCCUUUACUGCUCUUCCAACCCUUGUGACAGAAGAAGAAAAUAAUCCUUUCCAUCAUGGUAAAAUCUACAAUGGAGAAAUUACAACAAGAGCACCCAGAGAACAACUUUUCAAUGACCCUGAAUUUGGAUCUGAAUCUUUCUUCUAUAGACAAACACUUCUAGCAUUUGAGCAGACUGACUAUUGCGAUUUUGAGGUCCAAUUUGAAAUAACUCAUAACGCCAUUCACUCCUGGACUGGAGGUGUCUCCCCUUACGGCAUGUCUACACUUGAGUACACUGCCUAUGAUCCUCUCUUCCUGCUCCAUCACUCAAACGUUGACAGGCAAUUCGCUAUCUGGCAAGCUCUCCAGAAGUUCAGAGGACUUCCUUACAACAGCGCCAACUGUGCCAUCCAACACUUGCGUCAGCCAAUGAAACCAUUCAGUGAGGAAUCAAAUAUUAACCCAACUACACGCUUACACUCACGUGCGAUUGAUGUUUUUGACUUUGACAGAAUCAACUACCAAUAUGAUAAUCUCAACUUCCAUGGUUUGAGUAUAACUCAGCUUGCUAACCUGCUUGAAAAACAAAAGCUCCAGGACAGGAUUUUUGCAGAAUUUCUCCUUCAUAGUAUUGGUACUAGUGCUGAUAUUGUGUUUAAACUUUGCAAUGCAGAAAACAUCUGUGCUUUUGCUGGAACUUUUGCUGUGUUAGGUGGACCACUUGAGAUGCCUUGGACAUUAGAUCGUCUUUUUAAAUAUGAUGUGACCAAAAUAUUUGACCAGCUACAUUUAAGACCGGAUUCAGAGUAUCACUUUCAACUUGAAAUUACAGCAGUAAAUGGCACUAUUCUGGACAACAAGCUUAUCAAAACACCAAGUGUUCGAUAUGUGCCAGGUGUCAAGUUGGGGACAGCAAUUGUUGACAAAACUGUAGAUGACCAGCAGGGUUUAAUCAUCAGAAAAAAUGUCAAUUCAUUAACACUAGCUGAAACUAACAACUUAAAGAAUGCUUUAAGUAAACUUCAACAAGAUUCUGGUGCUAAUGGAUUUGAAGCAAUCGCAGGAUUUCAUGGGGCUCCAUAUAAGUGUCCUUCAAGUGGAGCAGAUAAAUAUGCUUGUUGUGCUCAUGGCAUGCCAGUUUUCCCACACUGGCACAGACUUCUGACUGUUCAGUUUGAGCAAGCUCUAAAAGGUCAUGGUGCUCAGUUUGGCAUUCCAUAUUGGGACUGGACAUCUAGUUUCCAGAGUCUGCCAGAUUUUUUUGGAGACAAUUCCAACUUUAAUCCCUUUUAUAGUCACCUGAUAUCAUUUACUGGAGAGAGGACAACUCGCAAUGUAGACCCUGAUCUUUUUAACACUGCUAAAGGCAUCGGACACAAUAAGCUCUUCCAUCUUGCUCUUAGUGCUCUUGAAGAAGAUAAUUAUUGUGAUUUUGAGGUUCAAUAUGAAAUACUUCAUAAUGAAGUUCAUGCUCUCAUUGGUGGAAAUGGUACAUAUUCCAUGUCUACUUUAGAAUACUCUGCUUUUGAUCCAUUUUUUAUGAUUCAUCACUCAAGCAUUGACAGAAUCUGGAUAAUGUGGCAGGAACUUCAAGAGCUGCGUAAAAAGCCAUUUCAUUCAGCAAGCUGUGGUGGUAGACUUAUGGACCUACCAUUACAACCUUUCAGUUAUCCAGAUGUUAACUUGAAUGAAUUCACUCGCAAGAACUCUGUACCAAACCUUAUUUUUGAUUCAGAACGUUUUGGGUACAAGUAUGAUAAGCUGGAGUUAAAUGGCCAUGAUGUCAAAAGUAUCAAUGAUUUAAUUAAAAAGUCACGUGGUUCUAAUAGAAUUGCCCUAGGAUUUGUUUUGUAUUCAGUGCAGUUAUCUAUUCAGAUAAAGGUUGAACUUGAAAAAAAUGACAACUUCAUCCCUGCUGGCAGUUUCCAUAUGCUUGGGGGUGAAAAGGAAAUGCCGUGGGCCUACGAAAGGAUUUUCAAAUAUGAUAUUACUGAUGUCUUCCAUCAAGCUGAACUCUCAACUGACAUUCCUGUCAAAGCCAAAUUCAUAGUUUCACUUCCUACUGGUUAUGUUAAAAGUGCAACAGUAGCAGAAGUUCCAAUAGUAGAAAGACCAGCUGGAGUCAACUAUGAUAUUGUUAUUAUUCCCUUAAGCUUAGGAAACCACCCACCACCAAAGGUUGUUGUUAAGAAAGGGACACACAUUAAGUUUGUAACCAGUGAUAUAACUGUGCCAUUGGAAGAUGUUGGUAGCCUGUCUAAUAUGUGGAGAUGUACUGUACCACCAUUCUCAUACCUAAGCUACAAGUUUGGUACUGUCUAUAACCUACGACCUGGUAACUAUUUCAUGGUACCCCAAUCUGUUGACCUGUGUAAACAAGGCAAGUUCAUUCAAGUUACAGUGGAAGAUGAAUGAAACAUUCUUUGGUCAAAAUAAAAAUGCUUGCUGUUACAGAAUAUUUUUUUUAUUUCUGUUAUUAACAUUUUUUCUUAAUAAAACUUAUUAUAUUUUAACAACAUGUGGAAAGAAAAACUAACAAUUGUUAUUCUAGGUUUUGCUAAAUAAUAAGUUCUUUGAUAGACCUGUGUUUCAAGUGGAUGGGUGGAAGUGCUAGUCUAAUUAUUAAAAUUCUUCAUGAAAGUUUAAUCAGUUGGUAAUAAAUUAUAACAAAUUUUUGGUAAAUUAAAAAAAAUGAACUGUGACCUUUAUUUAAAAAAACACACAUUUUAAUUAGACAAUUUUAAUUAUAUUUUAAUGUAUUUUUAGUGCAGUGUAAAAACAUUUUUAAAAGGUUGAUUUCUUGUAGAUUUACUACAUCAAGUAACUAUAUUAUUGUAGUCUUACUCUGUUCGUAAUGUACAACUUAGUAUUAGGCUGCUAUUCCCAAGGGUAACAGAUUGUUUUUUAAAUUAACAAUAUACAUUUUGUAAUAAGAAAAAUCUUCAUGUUAAAAAACAUUUCUUUUUAAUUCUAGAUAAAGAACUCAGCUUAUGAAUAUUGAUUUCAUAUAAUUACAGUGUCUGUAAAAUCAGGCCCAUAUAAGAGUUUAUGAAAAUGAGAAAAUAAGCUUGGUCUUUAAAAUGUUAUGUUUAAUUGAAUAAAUAUACUGUAAAUAUA